ACAGGUUUACCAGGGAGAAACUUCAAGCUUCUGGGGUUUGGAGUAUCUUGAGUCUGGAUGGACAGGUGUCUUACUGAAAGAUGUCAUAACAAGUGUUAUGGUUCUUUUUGUUUGAUCUACAUUAAGCCAUGUGUUAGAAACAAGAUGACAGACAUACCAAUCUUGCUCUUUAGACAUGAGGCUGACUCCACGAAGAACCCCUGAAGAGGUCUACCAUUGAAUGUUUUGAAGAUUCCAGGACCUAUUUUAAAUUGUUACUUGCCUUCUUCACCACCAAGACAUGGUGCUCUGGAUUAUCUUCCCCAUAUCCCUCUCCCUGGUGUCCUUCAUCGGAACAUGGACUGUAUAUGGCCUUGCCUUCGCUAACAAUCAUGUGUGCUCUCUCAGUGACUGGGGGCGUGACAACUACUGCAAAGGGAAUCACUCCACUGAAUGUUGCCUUGUUCCCACUAUAAGCUCAAGUGGAACUAGCGCACCAGAAAAUUCCCUUUUCACAGCCACGAUCAACGCAGGAUCCUUUCUGUUCCUGCUGUUCUGUAUCUUCCACCAUGCCCACAUAAUGGAGAGAUACAAAUGUCAUUCCAUGCUGAGCAAGUUUGCGCUGGUCUUUGGCGUAGUGGCAGCUCUGGGGGCAUUCGCUGCUGGAAACUGUAAUCCUGGUUACCUGGCACUCCUUCACUACUUCGGAGCUGCCGUCAGUUUCAUGUGCAUCUGCUUCUACACUGUCUUGCUCACUGCGCUGACCGGGAAGUGUGCCCUGACAGGAUAUGAGAAGUUUCUCUAUCCCUUCCGCAUCACCUCCACUGUGGUUCAAACCAUUGUCACCGUCUGCUAUACUAUUUUGUUUGCCCAGGACGAGUACUUUUACGUUCACUUGUCGGCUAUAUUUGAAUGGAUACUCAGCAUCAACCUGGAGCUGUUUGAGUUCAGCUUCGUCGUGGAGUUUUGCUUCUUUUCGUCCUUCAUGCUCUCAAAUCUUUUGAGCAAACGAGAAGAAGAAAAGCCUUUGAUGAUGACGAUGUCCUGAUACAAGUCCGCCAGGGUCCAGCUGGAGCACAUAAGCAGUGAGAAUGGACUGAGUAAGACAUCUGUAAAGAGAUCAGCGGCUGGAUCGUGGCUGGGAGACCCAUAAUUAACUUCAUCACUCUGCUGGGAUGGAUUUAUAGCUAUUUAUGGACCAAGAUAUCUUUUAUAUCACUCUCUUGAUACUGUUGUGUAAAAUUGUUAGGACUUUCUUGACAGGGCAUUUGUUUCUUCUUGUUCCUUAUUUAUUGAAACAAACUUGAAAAGCAAAUGAACAAAACAUAUCAGUUGUGCUUUUGUGCAAAUCAUGUUGCUAUGCCAACAGAACAAUUAACCUCAUUCUCUAAUAAUCCUUAUUUAUGUUGAUCAAUUGUUUUGUGCAAUUACUUUUUACCAGAUGUUAAUAUAAUAAAGAACAAUUCCUCCUUAGUUACACUGAGGACCACAUCUCACGUCACUGUUAGCUUCACAUCAGGGUUGUUGUAUCUGGCUUUGACACUAUUAAAGUCAUGACCACUGUUCACACUUAGAUGUGUCAUUCUGUGGUUCUACUCUGAAGCUAUCUGAAGGGUGGAGGCAUUGCUGUUGAGGUAUUUUAAGUCCCUAUGGCGUCACAAAAUCCUGUUUGACUGGAUGACUAACGCCGAGACAGCAGGAAAAAAAGGGAAUUCACUCAGAGCGUGUUAAAAACAAGAUGCCAACACCUGAACAGGUUACUGAUCCAGAAGCAUUGAUACCGUGCUGGUUAUGUAUGGGAUAGUGGGUGUGUCCUGUCCAUUAGAACAUUGUUUUAGGUGUGGUCUGCUGAAUACAUUUCAGUGUGAGCCAGAGAACAGAACGAGAGUGAUAACUUCUGAAUGUAAUUCACCUUUAAAGCAUCUUAAGAGCCCAUGAAUAUGUAUGCGUUUCUCUAGUGAUGGGGCUCCUACAUGAAGGAUUAAGCUUUAUUUCAUGUCCAUAAAGCGAGACAACGUGCUUCUGGUUUUAAUGCAAAGCACUUAACCUUUACUUGAAAGAAGGUAAUAUACAUCCUGGAAUUACAGAUAAUAAAAGAUACAUUAUGAGCAAAAUCAUUUCACAAUGAAUAUCAUCUUUCCUUUGCAUCAACCAAGGGAGGAGUGUGACAUUAUCUACAGUUUGUUAGGAAGAAAACAGUGAAAAGCACACCUAAUUCUGUCAGCAUCUUUACUUUAUGGUACACUGUAAAAAAAAUGUCAUCUAUAUGCAGUAAUCCACAUUAUUGACCGUAAUAA